GUCGCCAUAUUAACGGCUCUAGCGCCAGCAGGAUUUCUUCUCUUGUUCGAAAACCCCGACGGAAGAGCGUAGUUUGGUCAUUUUCAUUGGUAUUUUUUUUCAUAACCUCAAUGAAUACAAGUGGAAAUGUUCCUUACAGUGGGUUUGGAGUAUUUCAGCUAGAAAUACCAAUCUUUCACUCGAUACGAACGGGCUGCGACAGAGACAGAUACAAGAUGGCGGAUCGUGGAUUUUGGCAUGGAUAGCGAGCGGGCUCCCCGUAACGGUAUCGACCAGUUUUUGUGAUCAGUUUAAUGCUGCAAGUUGACUUGAAACAAACAGGGGCAAGUCUGGAUCAAUUCACAAGUCCAAAAUAAAUAUCUGAACUGCAAUGACACACAUGAGAGGUGAAUCAGAGACAUUGAAUCCAUCAGAAAACUUUGUGAGCUUACAAAGAGAGAUAGCAAAGUUGAAGCAAGAGAACAAAGUUCUUCACAUCCGUGCACAAGGAGUGGAAGUGUUAGGUAAAGUUCUUCAAGAUUCCCAAGAAAGCAAUUCAAAACUAAAAGAGGAAGUUAGAGAGUUGAAAACCCAUCUGGACCAAAGAGGCUUUGAUGCAGCUCUAGCAGAUAUCUCAGUUGGCACUUCAAUUAAUGAUGACAGCCAAAGCAGCAUAAUUGAUCAUGGAGAAAGAUAUUACUCAUCUAUGGUUGGAAGAAGUUCACAGAGGCCCGAUUAUAUUAAUGUUACAACGGUUUCUGGACCCCAGUCACUGCCGGCAGAAUUUUCCUCCAUGUUAUGUGGUGAUUUUCACAUCAAGGAGCUACGAGAUGAGUUUGAACAAAUUGGAACUGAACUAGAUCAAAUACAAAGAGGGACGCAGAAGCUUCGUGAGAAUGUAAAGCAUCUUCCUGAUGAUGGCAGAGAAGUAGAAUUGAUGAGCAAACUUGAACGCCUCAAUUCAAAGCUUCAAGAGUACAUUAAGGAGGCUCGCACCAGGGAGACCCUAUCAAGUGCAUUAAUCACUGAAGAAGAAAAGUUGAAAACAAAGCUUGCCGAAAUAGAGGCAGAACAGGCUUCGCAUGAAAAUGUGGUGCAUCAGCUUAAAGAUAAACUGGAUGAGAGCCGUGAAGAAAUGGAACAACUGCAGGAUGAAAUAAAACUCUUUAAAGAUGCUGUGUUUGUACAAAGAGAGCAAGCAUCACCAUUUGGAGACAGAAAUGAACCUUUGUCAAUAAGCUCAAGGAAGAGUGCAUCCAGAUCACUAUCUGAUGAGGGAUCCAUAUUUGCCAAGACACCACUAUCCCAGUCUGAUCCGAAAGAUUGUGUGACCUGUGGCCAGUUGAAGAGGCAAAAUGAUGAGCUGCAGAGACAGCUUCUGGUGGCCAAAGCUGAAAAAGAGGAAGCACUAAAACUCAAAGAAGAGGUUCUUGAUGUGAAUUACAAGUGGGAUGAACAGUACAAGCUUCUCGUUGCUGCCUCAAAAAAAGAUACUGAUGACCUUAAGAAGCAAAUUGAAAUGCUGAAGUCAGGCAGUAAUGGACAUUUCACAGGAGCAUUACUUUCAGAGAAAAAGGGAUUAGAAGAUCGCUGCAAACAGCUUGAAAGCGAGAUACAAGAGAAACAGCUAGAAAUCAAUGGCUUACAGCUUUUGAUGAGGAACAAGCCCAUGUAUUCGCCCCUGGCACCCCAGAAUUCAUCAAUGGAGGAACCACCUUCUCGUCUAUCCUUGCUGGGUGCAACUGCACCACGUCCAGGCCCACCCUCUGAAGGUUCACCAUCUUGGCCUGGUACUACUGCUCUUGGACAUCAAAUCCCUGCAGAGGUCCUUGAUCAAAUUGAAGUGCUGAAACAACAACUCAGAGUCUAUGCUGAUGAUUUUGCCACUGAAAGAGAAGACCGUGAGAGGAAUCAAGCAGAAAAAGAGAAGCUCAAAGAAGAAUUGGAUGCCGUGAAAGAGCAGUUACAUGCACUUGAGCAGCAGCUCCAGUUAUACGAAGAAGACUUCAGACGAGAGAAGAGGGAGAAGGAGAGCCUUCAGCAACAAUUAAGAGCCAGACAAACUGCAGGUGGUUACUCAUACAAUGAUCCGUUGGCCCACAAGGCUAGGGCUGUGGCUGAACAACAGGCUAGGGUCCAGGCCAUCAAAGAGGUACAUGACCGAGAGAGGGACAGGCUAAUGAGAGGACAACACGAGUUACAGCAACAAGUUUAUGGACAGUUGUAUUGUUUUUUUCCUCACUAUCCACACACUCGAGCUCAAUCACAGUACAAUGCUUAUGGAAGAUCUGGCCUGGACUACACAAAUCGAGAGUGGAAGCGGCCCCCUUUGACUCCGAGGGGCGUACCUCCUCCUGCCCGUGAAUUGGUCACACAUCCAGCAAGUCAACAGUCAAUCAGAACUUCCAUGUACCAUGGAGGAGAAGUUUACCCAGACACAGUUCAAAACGUUAUCGAUUCCCCUUCGGAUGGAAACGAUGUCGAAUCAGAUUCAGGUGUCAGCAGCAAGGACGAGGUGGUUGGACUGGAAGAAUGCCCUCGCUGCUUGAGAAGAUUUGAUGGAGAGGAUAGCGAUACAGUCCUUAAACACAUUGAGAGGUGCAUCUCCUAA